UGACCGUUUCAUCCAUGUCUAUCCUCACCAUGUCCCAGUCUUAUCACCCUUUCCCCCAUGCAAUGAGUUCUGAGGACGCUGACAGUGACGUCGACUCCGAGUCUGACAAAUAUACAGACAUGUCUCUUGACGCGUUUAGCGUCGCAAGCUCAAAAACAUCCAUAGACGUCUCUAUGCGUUCUCAAUCCCCAGCUCCCUCAGUAUUCUCCGCAACAAGUUCUUUACGAGCCCAAGCGUACAGACAAGAAUACGGACGAGGCCUGAACAAUUAUUCAGAAGUCUACCGCUUACCAGCCGACGAUGAAGAACUUGACCGUUUGGAUAGACAGCAUGACAUGUUUUGCAAAGCCAUUGGUAAAUUUCCACCACCCAUGCCCGAAAUCAUGGCAGAGGAUGAGUUCGAGGUUAAAGCCGUCCUUGACCUAGGCUGUGGCAGUGGCAGCUGGAUAAUGGACAUUGCGAGAGAAUUCCCAAAUGCAACUGCGGUAGCUGUGGAUCUCGUUCCCAUGCAGUCAACAUCCAUGCCCCCAAAUUGCAGAAGUGAAGUUGACGACAUUAAUCUCGGCCUGGAGCACUUUUAUGGCGAUUUCAACGUCGUCCAUACUCAAUUAAUUUCUUCCGGUAUUCGGGAUUACCAGGGGCUCAUUAACCAUAUCGCUCAUGUCCUCCGACCAGGCGGUCUAAUAGACAUCACUGAAUUUCCAUUCCACUUUACUGGCAUUGAGAAAACUUCUAUUUGUCCCCCAGCAGGCACCUUUCAACCGCCGUGGACACCUCUAUGGAUGUCUUAUGCGAACAGAGCCGUUCGUCAACGGGGCGGUGAUGCAGACGCUUCCUUGCACAUGCACCGAUGGGUAUGCGAGCACCCGGCAUUCGAGAAUGUCGUGUACCGCGAAUUCUGGAUACCAUUGUCCCCGUGGCUAAAGGGCAAUGACCCUAAUAGUGUCUGGUGGAAUGGUAUCGGGACGACUAUGCGAGAUGACGUCAAAGCAUUCAUGAGAUCCGGUCGCCCUUUGCUCCUCGGCAAUGGGUUAUCAGAAGAAUUUGUGGAUCAACUGGAAAAUAAUGCAGUGGCGGAAUUGGACGAAGCAAUCACUCCUGUUUACGUGUGUAUACAAAACGUCUAUGCCCGUAAGAAACCUUGAUUCUGGUGCAUCUUGGUCCUAUUUAUUCAUCUGUUCUACUUACCACUUUGGCAUAUUUGGACUCGCGUGGGCGUCACACUAGAAUACUGUAUCAUGGGAUAUUUCUCUCUUUCUCCAUUCUCAUUACCGUUCGAUACCUGCAAUAACCACGCUUUCUUCAUGGCAUCACGACACAA